CGUGAUGAACACAAGUUAAAAAAAUCAACACAGAAGCGUCCGCAUCUCCGCAGCUGCAGCUUCAGGAAAUACUCCGCCAAAAUGAGUGAAUCGCUGGUCGUCUGUCAGGUCGACGAGGACUUGGUGAAAAAACUGAAAGAUUUCCGUUUCCGUAAAGGAACCAGCAACGCCGCCAUCAUCAUGAAAAUUGACAAAGAGAAGCAGCAGGUGGUCCUGGACGAGGAGUACGAGGAUAUUUCCCCAGAGGAACUGAAGGACGAGCUCCCAGAGAGACAACCCAGAUUUAUCGUGUACAGUUACAAAUACGAACACGACGACAAACGAGUUUCUUAUCCUCUGUGUUUCAUUUUCUCCAGUCCAGUCGGAUGUAAACCGGAGCAGCAGAUGAUGUACGCCGGGAGCAAAAACGAGCUGGUGAGAGCGGGACAACUCACCAAGGUGUUUGAGAUCAGAAACACAGAGGACCUGACGGAGGAGUGGCUCCGGGACAAACUGGGAUUUUUCCGUUAAAUCCUUCUCCUUUUGGAAGUUUGAAAUCCUCCAUCAAAUGGAAACACGAGUUCAAGUUUCCUCCUCUCUCCACCAGACCUGCUGUCAAUAUUUACAGGCGUUUUUUGUUGUUUUUUCAGAUCCAGGCCCCUGCAGUCGGUCAUGAGGUUAUCAGUCAGUCUGGAAGUUUUGAACACAUUUUUAGCUGCUAGAAAAGCUGCAGAUUUUAAUACAAAACAAGAACUAAAUCAUUUAAACUUGGACUUAAAGGUGCAGUGUUUCUAUGGAGACGUCUUGGAAUGUUCCACAGUGUGACAUUAAUGAAUUACAGGUGAUUUUAAAGCUCUGAAAUACCUCGAAAAACAACAUUCUGACUGUGAGCGGGCGGCCUCUCCGCAGAUCUGACCUGUAAACCUGGACCAAACCGGAUCUAGACUCAAAACAAAUCAAAUCAGAUAUUUCAGAACAUUUUUGGAGUAUUGCAAUAAUUAGAAAAUGUUUUUAUUUGAAUGUAUCGUCGUAGGUUAAAGGUUCACUGCGCAGCUUUAAAACAGGGAUUCUGUGUGAGUGUGUUUUUUUUUUUUUAUGACUUUUUUGUAACACAACUUCACUUUUUUAUUGCUUAUUUAUAACAUAAACUCUUUCCAAUCUGAGCAGCUCAUCAAAACAAUGAGAUUUAUGCUUUUUAUAAUUAAUAUUUGCAGAAUUUAGUUAAGAACUUUGGUCCAGCCCUCCACAAUAUUUUAAUAUUUUCUGUUCCUCAUGUGGCCCCAGGAAAAAAAUAAUGUCCACCUCUGGUCUAAAAUCUUUCACAGUAAUAAUAAUAAUCCAUCUUUAUUUCUAAAAACAAGGUUUACAAGGUGCUGUACAAGCCACAAAGAAAAAUAAAAACAACAUCCAGAAAGAACAAAAUCAGACAAUGACUCAAACAAUUCAAUUAAUUAUAAGAAAUAAGUUCAUAAAAUUGAAUAAAUAAAAAGAAAUAAGGAACAAAAUCAAGUUAAAACCAGCUAAGAAGUGGUUUAAAAGAUGGAAUUAAACUUUUCUGUCGUCACGGAGACCAAACCAGACGACCAAGAAGUUCCAGGUCAGAUCUGUGGAGAGGCGACUCCCGCUCACAGUCACGACGUCUGUUUUUGUCGACGUUUUUGAGCUGUAAAUAAAACCACCUGUGAUUGAAUAAAUGUAAAGUCGAGCUGUUUAACGUCACACUGUGGAACAUUCCAGACAGAGCAGUGACGUAUCCAUAGAAACAAGCAGCUGACAGACCCCCCAAAAGUUACAAAGUGCAGUUUUAAGCAAAAAUAAAGUUGUUUUUUUUUUUUCAAAUAUUCAUCUCUGUGCACGUUGGAGGAGUUUUGGCUCCAGAUAACUUACAGUUGCUUGGUAACAGUUACAGAAUUUUCUAGUGUGAUAAUUUAAUCUAAUUUCAGGCUACAUUUACACGUAUCCGGGUAUUUUGAGAAACGAAUAUUUCCCUCCCUCCGUUUUCCAAAAUAACAUCGUUUUUAAAAAAAGUUUCCGUUUACAUCAACCCAGAUAAACACGUCAUCUCACCCUCGAUGUAAAGACGCAGCAAGUCGAAAAGUAACAGCAGUGACGACCGCGACGUCCUAAAAUUCUCACGCCGCUCUCCCGGGACAACAACUUAGUUUUCAAAAAUAAUCCCACCAGACAGCAGUUCGCCCAGGUCGGACCCAAAACCGGCGACGUUGGCGGCGACGGCAACUGGGUUUUGGAGUAGGAGGGAAAAGUGACAAACUCGCUGAUCUCCGAGCCCUGAUUCGUCUCUGCUCAUCGACAUGAUCAAUCAGCUGCGUACGUGAACACAAACACACGCAAAGUGUCUGAAUCAGAAGAAAUGCGACUGCUGCUCUGAAUGCCUCCGUCAUCGUCGUCAUAGCAACAGGUAAACGUCGGUCGCACUUUUGGUGCGUCGGCUCCUAAAACUCAGUUUAUCUCAGUUUACGCGCAAACGUGAAACCGGAGUUUUCCAAAAUCUCCACUCCAGCCGGAGUUUUUAGGAAGAUUCGUUUUCAGAGGCGAAUUCUCCGUUUGCGUGUAAACGACGUGAACAAACGAAGGGAAAUGUCUCCGUUUUUAAAAAUACCCAUGUACGUGUAAACGGGGCCUUAAACCCACAAAAUUACCAAACUGGACAAUUUUUUAAGUUUUUUUAGGUUAAAAGUAAGUGUCCGUCAGCUGCUUGUAUUUUACUUUACUGUUUAACAUCACGCUGUCCAAACGGAGCGGUGACGUCUCCAUAGAAACAAGCAAAAAGUUCCGCAGUGCAGCUUUAAAAGACCGUCAGCGUUUGGGGCCUGGAUGUGAAGACGAGGUUUGAAGCAGGUUUGUUUUUGUGAUGUUUCCACGUGUGCCAGUUUGUGACUAACUCCCGUUCCUCAGCGAAGUGGAGACUCGACUCUCCUUUUCUCUCUCACACACCUUUAAAUCUCAUCACGUUUUUUUCAGUUUUACACCGUUUAUUUUUAGUUUUGUUCAGUUUUUAUUUGUACAAAUAAUUUUUUUUAGAUUUUAAUGACCUAGUUAAACAUCUACUGAAUUAUAAAUCCUUUUAAUUAGAAGAAUAUUAACUUAUAUUCUGGUUUUGCUGUAACGAUAACGGGGUCCAAAAACUCGCCGUAGGUUGAAUCGCAGAAUAGCUGUGACAAUUUUUAUCUUUAAUCUACCUCCUUUUAAAAUAUGUCAUGAAAUAUGGACAUUUUAUGGAAACAUUUCUGAAAUUUAAGUUAGUCCUUGUUUAGUUUUCUUUCUUUUUUUCAUUACUAAAAUUCUGGUCAAAUAAUUCCUUUUCUAAAAUAUGAAAUUGUGAAAAUUUUCUUAGACCCCGAAACAUCUGAACUACCAGAACUGUCACUGCACAAAGACCGGACCUGAACCAGGACUAAACCAGGACUGAACCAGAACUAAACCAGGACUAAACCAGAACUAAACCAGGGACUAAACCAGAACUAAACCAGGUCUAAAGUUGGGACUAAACCAGGUCUAAAGUCAGGACUAAACCAGAACUAAAUCGGGACUAAACCAGAACUAAAGUAGAGACUAAACCCGAACUAAACCAAGACUAAAGUAGAGAAUAAACCAGGACUAAACCAGGUCUAAUGUAGUGACUAAACCAGGAAUAGACCAAGGACCAAAUGAGAUCUUGGCAAUCGUUCUAUGCCAGGUCUAUAUUGGGGACUAAACGAGAACUAAACCAAGUCUAAGUUAGGGACUGAACUAGAGCUAAACCAGGUUUAAAGUAGGAACCAAACCAGAACUAAACCAGGUCUAAGCCAGGUCUAAUGUAGGGUCUAAACCAGAACUAAACCCGGUCUUAUAAAGGGACUAAACCAAGUCCAAACCGUGGUCUAAACACACAGUGACGGUUCUUGUGGUUCUCGUGUUAAAUUUGAUCUUUUUUUCCUCCGGGGCUGAAACUGCCCCAGAUUCUUUGUCCGUAUCGUCCAUAGAAAUAUUUUUACUUUAUGUUUCAAACACAAACUUUAGAUUUUUCUGUUUUCACUUCAAACUCCUCAGAAAGUCAAACAUUCCAACAAAACCUCAGUCAGUUCUCAAACUCUCGUCUCUUCUCGUCAGUUUUCGUGUCGUCGAUAUAUUUGGGAGAUCGUUAGCCUAGCAUUAUUAGCCUAGCGUUAUUAGCUUAGCAUUUUAGCCUUUUAAUGUUUUUAGUGUUUAUGAAUGUUUAUUAAAGCUCAAAUUUCACUUUCACUGCCUGAGUUAAUUACAACAAUUCCUUCCGUCAUAGUUUAUAUUUUUCCGUACAAAACUGUACAAAACGUAGUUACUGAGGAGGAUUAAAACGAAUACAAGAAACGGAUAAAAUAUAAAUAAAACUUGAUUGACGGAGGAUGGUCGCUAUAACUCGAAAACCGUGAAUUGUAAGUUUAAAUAAUCUGUGUGUCAUUUGUUCAUUUGUUUUUCAAAAUAAAACUAAAAAAAACGAUUUUCUUCAUUAUUUGUCUCCAAAACCAAAAUGAAAAAAAAAAAAAAAAACAGAUAAUGAUUUGUUUUUUCAGUUUUUGAUUUUGUGUUUAAAUGAAAAAUGGAAAAAACGGAGAACAGCCGGUUCUGGUUCUGUGACUUAAACUGCAAUGCCAGACUGAACCAGGACUAAAACAGGACUUAACCGUUUUCAGUCCUGGUCUGGUCCUGGGCUCAGUCCUGGGCUCAGUCCUGGUCUGUUCACAGUCUGGACCUGGUUUGGUCCUGGUCUGGUCCCAGCCUCAGUCCCGGUCUCAAUCACCGUCUAGUCCUGGUCUGGUCCCGGUCUCAGUCCCAGUCUGUUCUCAGUCUGGACCUGGUCUGGUCCCGACCUCAGUCCUGGUCUGGUCCCGGUCUCAGUCCCAGUCUCAAUCACGGUCUGGUUCUGGUUUGGUCCUGGCCUCAGUCCCAGUCUUUAGUCCUGGUUCAGUCCGUUAUCUGUUUUUUCCAUUUUUCAUUUAAACACAAAACUGAAAAAACAAAUCAUCUGUUUUUUCAUUUUGAUUUUGGAGACAAAUAAUGAAAUCAUUUUAUUUUUGAAAAACAAAUGACCGAACGACACACGGAUUUUAAAUGUGCUUGAAAUUUUGUGACUAAAACAGAAAAUAAUGGGAAUUUUUGAAUAAAUGCUGAUAAGAACUUGAAACUGAAAAUCGAUGCCUUUUCUUCACACGUUUGAUCCGUUUUGUAUUUCUCAAAUUAAAAAAACCCUUUAAGACCAAAACGAGAAUGUGUUAAAAUAAGACGGGGACAAAAACUUUCUUAAGGGACUAACAAACUUUUUUAUUAUGCCUUUUUUUUUUCUGUGUUGUCCAUUUUAGAUGACGUUAGAUUUAUCAUAACAAGCACAAUACUGCAUUAACAUUCUGCGUCGGUUUACGUCACGUUACGCACAAUCGAUAAAAAAUAAACGUUUUCAAGUGUUACGGAUCGAGUUUUGGUAAAUUAUAGGUUUUAAUUUGUUUUUAUCGGCAUAUCCAAGUUUGUAGGAGCGGACAGGAGCAAUUCCAUGUACAAUUUUACAGAGGAAGUACAGUAAAUUUUCCAAAUGAACAGUGUAAGAUUACCGUAUUUUCUGCACUAUAAGGCGCCCUGGAUUAUAAGAACGUGCACUCGUUUUUGGAUGAAAUUAAAGGAUUUUAAGUGCGUCCUAUAGUGCAGAAAAUACGGUAUAUUUAUUUUGACAUAAUAAGACUGAAUAUUGUAUUGAUCAGUGUAACAAUAAAUAAUAAUAAUGCAUUUUAUUUAAAGGACCUAAAGGACAAACAACAAUAAAGACAAAUAAUUAAAAAACAUAGAUAUAGAACGUUCUGUAUCUUUGAUUAAAAACAAACAGAACAGGACGGGGUCUAAAACAUUAGCACAUUAAUCGGGGUCGGUUAAUUUAAAUAAAAAGUAAUGGGGUCUGGAUUUAAAUGUCGGGAGUGAAUGAAGUUUAAAUAAAUAGAAAUAACUUUUAUUAUUUUUACUGGUUUUGCUCCUGUCUUCAACUUUACUCAGAUUAUGACAAGGAACCUUUUUACAUUUUAUUAAUUGUGAAUUUAAAUCGAUUACUUGAUUGAUUACCUCAACUACAGGUCAGUUUAAAGGUGCAUCGCGUAACUUUUCUGGUGGUCUCCAUGGAGAUGUUAUAAUACAAACAAAUAUGAACAAAAAUACAACAAUUCUGUCUGGGAAUAGGCUCGCCUCUCCACAGAUCUGACUUCUAACGUCGCCUACAAAUGUCUCUCUUGAAAUAAAAUGAUUUAAUCUGUACUGUGGAACAUUCUAGACAAAGCAAUAACAUCUCCAUGACGACAGGCAGGUGACGGACCCUCAGACAGACCAGAAAAGUUCCAGAAUGCACCUUUUAAAUUUACUUGUAGUUGAGGUAAAUGUGCAUUGCGUAACUUUUCUGGUGGAGGCUCCAUCACCUGCUCGUCUCCAUGGAGAUCUUAUUGCUUUUGCUUUAUUGUCCAGAAUGUUCCGUGGUAAUUUGUUCAUUUCAGGUGUUUCUUUUCCACAAAAAUACAACAAUUUUCUCUGAGAAUAGGCUCGCCUCUCCACAGAUCUGACCUCUAACGUCGCCUACAAAUGUCUCUCCUGAAAUAAAACGGUUUAAUUUUUACCGUCGAACAUUCUAGAAAACGCAGUAACAUCUCCAUGACGACGAACAUGUAAACUCUUGUCUGUUUUGUCUCACUUUGGACUUGAAAAACCUGCACUAUGAGCGAUAAUAAAACGGUAAAAACAUGGUAAAAGUCGUGACCUUCUGUAAAACGCGAGUAUGACUGAAACUACACGAAGAUAUUUUCAUUUGGGAGCCAUAUUUUUGGUCGUUGUCCUGUGGAUCUUUAAGCAUUUUUCUACUGUAAUAAUGUUUUUUUUUCACUCGCCAACUCACUGUAAAACUGUUCUGCUUUUGUCCAAUACGGUAAAAUGUCGUCAUUUUCUUUCUUUUAAUACAAAAACUCCUCAAACAUUGUACCAUAACAGCUGUCGUUUGGCACCGGUGGAACCUGUUUGUACUUUUCCAUACAUCCGAAGUGUCUCUUGUCCCUGUGUCCAAAUAAAAGACAGUGUUGUUCUUAAUAA